AUGAAACCACGGCUGGGGGUGGACUUGUUUUCAUUGGAAAGUUCGUGGAAGUCAAAGUCUUCGACAAUGUCGCAGCCAGCCCUUGAAAACAACAGGCCCGAUCUUGUCCCCGCCCAUGUCCUUUGCUCACGUUGCUCCCGCGUCACCAACAAGUCAACCUUCAUCCAACUCCUACUCAGCGGCAACCAUAAACAGAUCGAAAGAGAAAAGCGAAUGAAUAACACCACUGAGACGUUCGUUCACAGCCGCAGUGUUCGCGAUAUCCUUUCCUCGGCCUCGGCUGGUUGCCAUUUGUGUUCCAUUAUCUCGACCUCGCAGAAGAUCGACCCUAAUAAUCUGGACCGCGAAGAUCCGCAACAGGGGGUCAUUCAAGCAUACUUGAGAUCUGAUUCGUAUAAGAGAGACAGUGAUAAAGGCUGGUUUUACUAUGUGUAUCUCUCCAUCGAGGAUGUCUCUUGGUUGCGGAUACCAGAGGAGGCUGCUGAGAAUUAUGAGCUUUUGGAUGGCAUCUUGCAUGAGCAGUUGCCUCUACCUCGUCAUCGUUGGACUAGGCCAAUCGAUGAUCUAAAGAUUUUACCUAUCAAAGGUUUGUGA